AUGGAUGUGGAUGAAUUUGGGGAAUUCCUUCGCACCAUCGGCAUCGAGCCCAUGAAACAUGUCUUGCAAGAAUGCUUCGACGAGUUCGAUGAGGAGGAAUCGGGAGAGAUUUGCUUCGACGCUUUCUACAAGGUCAUGCGGCUGCUGGCGCAACGCGAGGGCUUCUCGAAGACCGAAGUGCGGGACUUCGAGACCGUCUUCAACAAGUUCGACACCUAUGGCAACGAUGAGAUUGAUGUGAAGGAGCUUCAACAGGUGCUGAUGUAUUUGGGAAUUCCCACCACUUUGGCGGAGUGCCAGGACGUGGCGGAGAUUGUUGAUUUGGAUGACAGUGGCUACGUGGACUUCCAGGAGUUCCUCAUGUGCAUGCGGCUCUUCCGGGAUCGAGAGCUGACUGAGCUGAAACAGACCCUACAGGAUAUUGGCACCGAUCACACUGAAAGCAUCGAAGCCAGCUCCAUGUUGGAUCUACUGCAGAGAACCGGCUACGUGGCGGAUCAGGAAGUGGUCAACGAGGUGCUGGUGGACAUUGGAAUGGAGGAGCAGGACGAGCGGAUCGGCCUGGGGAGUCUCUGGAAAUUCCUGGUGUUCUUCCGGCAACGCGAAGGCCUAACGCGCGCCGAGAUGAUGCACACGCGUCAGGCUUUUCGAAAGUAUGCCUCCGGCGAGGAGGAUGAUGACGAAGCCUUCCGGGAGGUUCAAACCGAUGAUGUCACAAAGAUCCUACGCCUCAUCGGCUACCCUCUUGCCCUUGAAGAUCAGAAGCAACUCGUGGCGCAGGUGGACAUCGACCGAUCGGCCACACUGAAUAUCCUGGAGCUGAUGAAGCUGGUGCGCUUCAUCCGGGAGAAACGGACGCAUGAGCUUCAGGCAGGGCGUCGCCCUAAGUUGUCAUAA